CGUGGCAGUCAGGUACUAUCAUUCUGCAGUGAGUCUCCAGUAGAAAUAAACAUGUCUACUCUCGCUUUCCUCUUCCUCUGCGUUCAGGCUUGCCUCAUCCACAAUGCCUACAGUGCGUGCCUCGGUACCGGCUACUAUGGCGCCGGUCUUGGUUACGGCUACGGAGAUCUUGGAUAUGCCGGUUGGGGUGGAUGCGGUCUAGGUGGCAUCGGUUACGCCGGUCUCGGCUACGACGGUUUCGGCUAUGGCGGCCUUGGUUAUGAUGGAUUCGGCUAUGGCGGUCUUGGUUACGGAGCUUUUGGUUAUGACGGUCUUGGUGGUUACGGUGGUGCUGGCAUCGGCAACGUGGCUGUGGCUGGUGAGCUGCCCGUGGCUGGUACCACCGCCGUCGCCGGUCAGGUGCCCAUCAUCGGUGCAGUAGAGUUCGGCGGCACCGCUGCUGCUGCUGGUGCUGUCUCAAUCGCUGGACGUUGCGGCUGCGGCUGCGGCGGACCUUACGUCUACUGAUUAUAAUCACUAGUACGAAUCCGAAUUGCAUAAAAUAAAUAAUGAAUAGCAAUGAU